GACAAAACCCCGUUUCGAAACCAAUCCGCCGCUUGCAACUCGCCUCGCACCGUGCCGCCGCGCCAGCAUGGUGCACCUCGCCCCGUCUCGCCCUCCCGGGCGGCUCCUCGCUCACCCACCACCGCGCGCGCCCACCGACCUGCCGCUCCCCCUCCUCCCGCCCCCGUCCCUCACAUCGCUGCUGCUCGCCGCCGUCGCCUCCUCGCCCUCCUUUCCCCACCUCCGCCACCUCCACGCGCUCAUCGUCCGCCUGCCCCUCCCUCCGCCCUCCCGCCCAUUCCUCCUCUCCCGCCUGCUCCGCCGCCUCGCCGCGCUCCCACUCCCGCCCACGCGCACGCCGCUCCGCUACGCGCGGGCCGUCUUCUCCGCCCACUCGCCACCCGACCCCUUCCUCGCCGCCGCGCUCCUCCGCUUUGCGCUCCUCACGCAGCCGCCGCUGGAAACCUUCCGCCUCUUCUCCCACCUCCGCCUCGUGCACGGCGGCGAUCUUCCGUUCCUCCCGUUCGCUUUCUCCCCGCUGGCCAAGUCUGCCGCGGUCGCGCGCUCCCUACCCGCCGCCGCCGCCGCCCACGCGGUCUCGAUCCUCAUCGGAGGGUUUGAUAAGCAUCGGUUUGUUGAGAACUCGCUGAUCGGUGCUUAUGUUGCCUGUGGUGAUGUUGGUGCUGCACGUAAGGUGUUUGAUGAAAUGAUGGUGAAGGAUGUCAUUUCCUGGACAAGCAUUGUGGUGGCGUAUUCCAGAAGCGCGGAUAUGGGGUCAGCGGAGGAGGUGUUUGCACGGUGCCCAGUGAAGGAUAUGGUGGCGUGGACAGCGAUGGUGACUGGGUAUGCGCAGAAUGCCAUGCCAGUGAAGGCUCUGGAGGCAUUUGAGCAGAUGGCGGCAGCUGGCAUGGCCAUUGAUGAAGUUUCAUUGAUCGGUGCUAUCUCAGCUUGUGCUCAGCUUGGUGCAGUGAGACGUGCCUCCUGGGUUCAGGAGAUUGCAGAGAGGAAUGGUUUUGGAGGGAAUGUGAUUGUUGGGUCAGGGUUGGUGGACAUGUAUGCGAAGUGUGGUCUCAUUGACGAGGCACACAAGGUGUUUGAAAGGAUGCAAGAGAAGAACGUCUACACUUAUAGCUCAAUGAUUGUUGGCCUCGCAUCACAUGGGAGGGCUAACGAUGCAAUUGCUUUGUUCAAAGACAUGGUUAGGAGUGCAGAUGUGGAACCGAAUCAUGUUACCUUCAUUGGGGUGUUGACAGCUUGUAGCCAUGCAGGGAUGGUUAAAGAAGGGCGCUACUACUUUGCACACAUGAAGGACAGGUAUGGGAUAUUGCCAUCCGCAGAUCACUAUGCUUGUAUGGUUGAUUUGCUUGGUCGGGCUGGAUUGGUGAAUGAAGCCCUUGAUCUUGUAAAGUCAAUGACCUUGGAGCCUCAUGGUGGUGUCUGGGGGGCACUGCUAGGGGCUUGCCGAAUCCAUGGAAAUACCGAAGUUGCUAAGGUUGCUGCUGAACAUCUUUUUAAGCUCGAGCCAGAGGGCAUAGGGAACUACGUGUUGUUAUCAAAUACACUUGCAUCAGCAGGAGAGUGGGAUGAAGUGUCAAAGGUUAGGAAACUGAUGAGGAACCGGAGGCUGAAAAAGGAUCCUGCAGUUAGCUGGUUUGAAGGCCGAGAUGGUUUGGUGCAUCAGUUCUUUGCUGGUGAUAAUACGCACCCAAGGACACAUGAAAUAAAGAAGGCACUGUUGGAGCUAGUGGCAAAAUUGAAGCUUUCAGGUUAUAUGCCAAUCCUGAGUUCAAUUGUUUAUGAUGUAAGUGAGCAAGAGAAAGAAAGGUUGUUAAUGAGUCACAGUGAGAAGCUUGCUCUGUCAUUUGGAUUGCUCACACUUGGGUCUAGAUGCACAAUUAGGAUAGUAAAGAAUCUAAGAAUCUGUGAUGACUGCCAUUUAUUUAUACAAUUGGUGUCAAAAGUUGAGCCCAUUGAGAUUAUAGUCAGGGACAAUAUGAGAUUCCAUCAUUUCAAGGACGGGGAAUGCUCCUGUGGUGGAUUCUGGUGAAUGCAGAAUAGGAUUUUUCUUAAAGAAAAAAAAUGGCAGAAUGGAUCUCGAUCAAUUAAUGGUAGCUUGGCUAACUUAUUUAUCUGACUUGUUUUUGAACAUAUGACACUCAAUGUUAAACAGCAGAGCAAGCUAACUUCAGAAUACUGCUUAUGAUUUCAAAGGAGUUAAUAUUGGCAAUCCUAGUUUGCAAUGAAGAGCUACAUAAUGCAGACCAAGUUGGACAAUGUUUGGAUAGUAAGGAACUUGGGAUGUUUGCUUGCGAAACAUGUGAUAUUGAUUUUGAAAAAUGAUACUUAAAGUAUGUUGCAUGCAUAGCACAAAUGCAAAUAACAAAAAAAUCGAUUAUGGUAGGUCAUUUAAAAGUCUAUUUAAGGAAGUAGUGAAUAUAAGUAUUAACUAUUGCUAUAAGAGCACUGAAAUCAGAUUUUUUUUUCCUUCAAAUUCGUCACUUGCAUGUAGUUUUCU